AUGGGCAAUCGGUUGAGCUCAAUCGUCGACUCCGUCCUCUACUAUCUGGAUGAUCUCUCUGACAAGCUGCCACUACGCUCGUUGCUGAAAUGGCGUUCAGAUUCGAAGAAGCAGCUCUUCCAAGAGAAACUUCAGCCUCACAUGGCUGCAGGAGUUCGACACAAGUCCGUUGUGCGUGUGACAAGUUUAGAGGCUACUGGACCUAACGAUAUCCCACGUAUCUUCACUACUCCUCGCUCCCUGAAUGUUGAGUGGAAUCUCUGCGAUAAAGUGGACCCUGCAAGACGCGUAGAUGUCGUAAGUGAUCAUAAACUCCUUCGUAAGCGACGCAAAGGUCUGUUUGUGGACAAGAAUACUCGCCUGCAAGUACAUUGUGACACCAGAACGUUGGCUCAGAACGAACUGGAGAUCAUGUGCUACAUCGCUAACUACUGCGAGACAUACAAGCAACCAAUCCACCGCAAUAUCGUACACUUACUUGGAUACUAUUCCGCCAAUGAUACUCUUCAUGAGAUCAUUGAGUUCUGCGAGCUUGGAUCUCUCAUGAACGCCUACAUUGAGAGUCCACAAGAAGGUUUACGUCUGACCUUCUCACCUUCAGAAGGAGAAGUGUGCGACGCGAUGUUCCAGAUCUGCUCAGGUCUUCACUUCCUGCACGAAAAUGGCGUUGCACAUGGCAAUCUUGGACUCGAAAAUAUCUUCGUCACUAGUGAGAAUUUCUUGAAAAUCGGAGACUUCGAACAUUCAGUCUUCGUGGGAUCUGAUAACCAGCACCAGUCGCUUUCAAAGCUACCUCCGCCAGCUCUGAAAACAUAUAUCGCGCCAGAGAUCGAAGCGUUCAAACCAGGAGAACGCCUAGAUCUUCAGAAAGCGGAUGUUUGGUCUAUGGGGAUAAUCUUCAUUUUACUACUCACUAAGAAGCCACUGUUUGAUGCUGCUAGAUCAGAUGAUAACGGGUUUCAAAUGUUCUGUCGUGUGGGGUUGCGUUCCUACUUGAAGGUCAUGUAUCUGGAGCAGUCGGCGAUCUGUAAACUAUCUGAUGAGCUUCUGGAGUUCGCGGAAGGACUUCUCAACUUAAACCCGAGUUUACGAUUCACUAUGCGCGAGGCACUGAACGCCAAGUGGUUAAAGAACGAGAAAAGCUCUGGAAGACUUCUCGUACGCGCCGACAGCUUCGCAGUCGCUUCAUUUCAUGCCGAUGCCGUGGCUGCGCACUUAGUUCGACAAGACACUCGUAAAAAGAGUGAAUAG